CUUGUUAAGAUGUCCGUCAUGCAGAUACAGCAGGCCAAGAGGCAGCAAUGCUACUUGUGCGACCUACCCAGAAUGCCAUGGGCGAUGGUUCAUGAUUUUUCUGAGGCCGUCUGCAGAGGAUGCGUCAAUUAUGAGGGGGCGGACCGGAUAGAGAUAGUCUUGGAAACGGCCCGCCAGAUGAAGCGGGCCCACGGCUUCCAGGAGCAACGUUCCGGCCACACCACCAAGAGCCACAGGACCGCCAGCCACGAGCAUCAGAACGGGGAGGUGGUGGCCACCUCCAGCAGGCAGCAGACCGCUGCCCAUCAUUCUAACACGUACGGUUUGCACCAUACCCGGUCGAACAUGCUGGCUGAAUACCAAGCAGCACAACCUCCUCCUCCCCCAAGGGGAAAUUCAGCCAUGUCACGGCCGCAAUUAGAAACAAAUCCGGAACAUGAGACGUUGGUGGCGCGUACUACGGUCCGUUUGCCUAGCGCCGCUCAUUUGGCAGCGGCGGCUCAUCACCCGAUGCAGACACAUCAUCAUUCGACCAACGGUCGACCUAGUGCCAUGGCCCAGCAAGGCAUAAAACGGGGUCUAUCCGCUACCGAUGAUGAUGAUCACCACGGUCAUCAUCAUUCCAACGGCGAUGUGAGCGGUGCCAAGAGAAUGAUGUCUGUGGAGGAGCACAGCAAUGCCGUUAGGCCACCGCUUACAAGAGGGGAAUCUUUGCCGGCCGUCUCUUUAGCUCAGCCUUUUGUAAUCUCCACAGAAAGAACGUUCAAGCAGGAGAAACAUCCUAUCAGAACUGCCUCUUUUGACGCAGGAACUGGAUUCAAACCAAACGCACCGGUGUCCGUAGCCAGCGCCAACGGAACCAGUUCUAGCUCCCCCCUGACCAGCCGUACCGGCUCGCCGCCGGAGGCAAAUGCCGCCGGCACCACGCAGCAAAGCCAGCCGACGACCGGCUCGGGGCAGAGCCCCAUGGCCGCCCUCAUGUCUGUGGCCGACAACCUGCCUCCGGGCAGCCCGCGGUCCACGGGAGGCAGCCCGCCCACUAACGUGGCCCCCAGGUCGGCAUCCAGGGGCUCCCAACACUCUCCGAAUUCAACAGGAUCUUCUAGUGGCAGAAGAUCGUCCGGUUCUCGACAUGUCUCGUCCACAACAGUCAGCUCUACUGAAGCUGGCGCCAUGACUGGAGCUAAUAGUGAGGCACUAACGGCAAACGGAGAAAAUGUGGCUGCCACACCAACAGCCACCGCCACCCUAAAGUGUACAUUAUGCCAGGAAAGACUAGAAGACACCCACUUUGUACAGUGCCCAUCCGUACCCCAUCAUAAAUUCUGCUUCCCUUGCAGUAGGGAGAGUAUCAAGAGGCAGGGUGCCGGGUCAGAGGUUUAUUGUCCCAGUGGAGAAAAAUGUCCCUUAGCCAACUCAAACGUACCCUGGGCAUUUAUGCAGGGAGAAAUCGCGACGAUACUGGGCGAAGAUUAUAAAGUGAAGAAAGAAAGAGAAUCUUAAUUGGGAAAUGCACUUCCCAGAGUGACACAUUUUGCUCGACCUAAGUCGAGAUGUCUCUUAGUAAGAGAUGAAUUGUAGAAAAGCUGGCGAAAGGUUGAAAAAAGAUGUUGGAUUUUAACAGUUUGCCGAAAACGGUUGGUAAUGUAUAUUGGAAAGAAGAAGGCUGUGUCGAAAUAUUAGCUUUUAACAGUGGACAGUUUGUCCAUGAUUCCGUCUUAUGAUUGUAUACCUACCGAAUUAAAAAAAAAAAUGGCUAAUAUCGCCGAAUUUGUAAAUAACAUCAGGUAGUAAUAUAAACAAACAUCUUGAGAAAGAUUUGUUAUGUUACUUUUUUUUACUUGGUCUAUCCGUGGACUUGAGUUCUUUAUUUUUGCCUAUAAUUUAUGUAUUCAGUCUUUAUUUGUAAAUACUGUAUAUAAAAUGUACGAAAAUUUAAAAAAUGUACAAAA